UACAAAAUAUAUAUAUAAAGAAAAAGGGUCCAACAUGUACAACAUUACCCAGGCACGUUAUUCGCAGUUGUAAGAAAUCCAUGGAACAAUGUCUGACAGAUAAGACCAAAGCAUCUGAAAAAGGUAAUUUCUGAAUGCAUGGAGACAAAGUUGAAAAAAAGAGAAAACAGGAAGAAAAUUACAGUAAUAUUGAAGAAGUUGAAGAAAAGCACAGUAUGCAGAUCACAUGUGCGAGAGGGGAAGAAGAUAUGAAAAAAGAAAUGAAGCAUAGAAAAGAUGAGGAUAAUACGGAUAUGUCGAGUAUUAAUGUUAAUAUGGAAAGUAAAAAUUUCAUAGACACGGAAAUCAAAAUUCCUGUGACAGAGGAAGAUGAUAUCGAAAUACAAUCAGAUGUUGAAGGUAGUGGAGAACAUGCAGAUGAAAAUGAAAGUGACGAGAGCAGUAUCAGUGACGAUAAAGGAUUGAUUCAAAGAAGGGAAGAAGAACAGACUGCAAAUGAUGAUAAAAUAGAGGAUAUAAAUACCCAAGAUAGAGGUGAAGAUGAAGAAGAUGAAGAUGAAGCAGAUAGAGAUGAAGAUGAAAAUGAUGACGAUGAUGACAAAACUCCUCUCUUCGACUAUAAAUACCUUAAACAACCACUGUAUGAAGGAAGUAACGUAACUUUAGCCGAAGCAAUUAUAAUUAUAGACACUUUAUCAUCUUGUAAUGCUGAAAGUAAAACUGGCAUUCAAAAUUUGCUUGAUGUUCUUCACCUACUAAUUGGUCCAAAUAAUCUACCUCGUUCGAUGCACAAAAUCACAACAAAAUUUUCUUCUGUUCUCAACAUGGUUUCAUACUUUACUUUGUGUCUGAAUACCAAAGAUCUUGUAACGUUACAGAAGGGGACACUACGUGCAAGUAAAGCAGUCUGUGAAAAAUGCAAUCACUCCUGGAAAAGAAAUAUUGAUGAUGGUUAUUUCUUUGCAAUGUUUGACUUGCAAGAACAAUUUAAAAGAUUUUUUGGAACUGCAGAAAUUAAUACAGCGUUGAAAGAAAAUGAAGCUUUUCAUUUUAGUAUCAAUGUUUCUGGAUGGUGGAGCGUUCUUCAAAUUUGCACACAAAUCAUGAUGGCCAAUACUUUUAUCGUUGAAUGAACUUCCUCCAUCAUUAAGAUUCAAAAAACUUUUAUUGGCUAGAUUAUGGUUUGAGCCAAAGCAACCACUAACACAUGCUCUUUUCAAACCUUUGAGAGAGAACUUAAAAGUUUUGGCUGACGACGGAGUAACGUGGACCAACGGUGAGGGAAAUACUGUAAACAGUAAAAUUGUUCCUCUAUGCUGUUGUGCAGAUACAGUGGCUAGAGCAAAGUUGAUGAACAACGAUCAGUUCAAUGGAGAGUUUGGACGCCCUUAUUGUUAUAGUCCAUAAAGGCAUGUAAAAUCUAAAACAAAGGAAGGAGAUGAAAGAAGAGGGGUACUUGGAAAUGACCGUGCUCCAUAGAUGAGGAGAAUGCGUCAAAUAAUGAAGAGUGAAGAUAAGAUGGCCAAUACAGGGAAAGAACAGAAAAGGAGGUCAGAAAUCAAAUGAGAGAAUGAUUAAAGUUGAGUAUAGCCUAAAGAGAAAGGAAAAAAAGAAAACAUCUUACAAAGGUUCUAAAGGUCCAAGUCCAUUGUUGCUGGUGCAGUACUUCAACGUCCUCUAGGGAUUUUCACCAGAUUGGCUACACUGUGUUCUUUUAGGUGUUAUUGCGCGAGCAAUA